AGCAUGCGCUUAUCGUUCGUACUGAUCUUUGCCAUCUUUGGCUGCCUUCUCCUGGCCCAGGAGGGCAGAAGUGCCAGCAGUACCACCACCACGGAGGCGGCCACCACGACAGCCGCUUCCACCUCCUCCGACACCACCACCGCCGCCUCCACUUCCUCCGACACCACCACCGCCGCUUCCACCUCCUCCGACACCACCACCAGUUCUUCGACCUCUUCGGCGGCUGCCAGGCGGCGCAGACGUGCCCGCCGCCGUCGUCUGGCCCGCCAGCGCCAGCGCCGUGAGCGCAGGAGGCAGCGCCAGACACAGAGGCUCCGCCAGGAGCUCCAGAACCAGCGUCGUCGCAUCAACCAGCUGCGUGGUUAA